UAUAUAUAUUGAAAUAUACAUAUAGUAAUGUAUUUUAUUACACUGCGUAAAUCUAUAAGGAAGCAUAUUCAAAUACAAGCCAUAUACAGGUUUAAUGGCAAGAUAACCAAAUUGAAAGAGAAACCAGACCCAAGGAACAUCCCACAGGAUUAUGUUGGAGCCCCAGAUAAGUUAUCUAAUAUACGGUCCUAUAUUAGACAUGUACCUAAGAAUGAAUCGAUACUGGAAUGCCGUUUAAGGAACAUGCAAGAUGAAGUCGAAAAGUGGAAUCACGGCUUCUGGAGCAGGCAUAAUGAAAGGUUCUUUUGCAUUUGUUAAUCAGUUCCUGGUCUGCUUUAUGUUCCCUUGAAAAAGAUGCAACAUCAGCAUAGCUUACUCCGGGAAUUAUGAUGUUGUUGUUGUAGCAGCAUAAACAUUCCCCAUACUUACAUACGGUGAAUGCUGCUGGAGUGACAGUCCUUGGCCGGAUAUAAAUCCGGGUCGUUUCGGUAACGUAGAACCGACUGUCGUGGAAACGGGAAACGGGAAUUAUGAUUGUUACGGCUGUUGUUAUUGGUGUAUUUUUUUUCGUGUUUAAUGUUAAUUUUUUAUUAAUUAUUAUUAAGUGCUCUAUAAAUUUUGCAUACUUUAUAGUUGGCGGCGUGGUUAUCUCCACAUAAAGCGCAUUUAAGUUCCUUUGUUUGGUUAUUGCAUUGCAUUGAAGGAUUUCUACCACCGCAUUUCACUCAUACUGGAUCCCUUGUACAGUAAUUUUAUGUGUGCCCAUAUUCCUGGCACUGUGAAAUGGUGCGCUUAUGGUGAGGUGCUUCAAAGAUUACUAUGCAGCUCCGUAGCUUGUUUAUAUUGUAAAUGUCUUUGUUGUUGCCACUUGCUUGUAGUACGAUAAAAAAUAAUGGUAGAGGUUUUUGUUGAUCUUUGUAUUAUAUUAUUAUGGUAAUGUUAAGUACUUAGUGGCCUUUUUCAUUUAAUUCUUUUCUGAUUUCUUCGUGGUCUGUAGAGUGGUGCAUAUUUCGUAAGACUACUUUAAAUCCUCUCUCACUUCUUGGCCUAAAUGUAUACAAUUUCGUUCCUUUUUCUUUUAGCACGUGAUGUAAUUAGUAAAUAUUUGCAAAUUUUCUGCUUGAACGCGAAAUUCAUUAUUUGCUAAACUUGUUCGAGUGAAGCUGUUAUUUGCUACUUCAUUUUAAGCACUCUUUAAUGUUUUUAUGCAUUCUACACCUUGAACAUAUAUUGACGGAGGCUUAUAUUUUUUUUCUUUAUCGCCUUUAUUUACAUUUUGUGACAAAGAAUCUUUAAUUUGCCCACUGUUUGCAGUUCGAGCAAGUUCUGCUUCAUCAUCCACAUCCAAAGCUGUAAAUUUGUUUGUAGAAGAAGUUCAACUCAGCCAGUAAUUUAGCAGCUUACCACAAAAUUAACAAAAAAGUAAAAGUCUAAAAUUAUAUACAGUAUAAUAUAUA